AAAAAAAAAUCAAUAAGCAGAAACUUCUUUCUUCAACAAAAUGAGAGUUGUUAUUGUAGCUUGGGCUCGCGAAUUUCAUUUUGAUAUUGGUUUUCAAGAAUCUGUACUUGAAAUCAAAAGAAAGAUUGAACUUCUCUUAGGUGUUCCUACAACCGCGCAAAUUUUAUCAGUAUCAGGAUGGGAAUUAGUUGAUGGUCUAGACAUGGAAGAUUAUCCUAUUGUCAAUGAAGGUACGAGAAUUGACCUCACUAUCAAACCUAUGUCUCCUAUGUUGAACAACAAAAGAAAGUUCCCAAUCAUAAUAAAAUUUUCAGCUAAGCAAAUUAAUGUAGAAGUGGAUGAAACCGAUAGCGUUCGUAGCCUAAAAGAAAAAAUCCAUAUAGUUGAAGGCACUCCAAUUAAAAGAUUAUCACUUUUCUUUUCUGGUAUAGAACUAGAUGAAGAUUUUCGUAAUAUAAGCGAGUAUGGUAUUCAAAAAUUAUCAGAAAUUACUGUAUUUCUUAAAACUAUGUCUCGAUUAAGAGGAGAUCCUCCUACAAAGAAGUUAAACAUUAUGGUGCAGACCUCUUCUUCUUUGCUUAAUGCAGCGAGUAUUCCUUUGGAAAUGAAGGACACCAGCACCGUUAAUGAUCUAAGGCAGCUUCUUUUGAGCAGAACAAUUCUUCCUCAAGAUGAUUAUUUAUUUAUACAUAAACAAAGAAUUAUGCAUGAUAAUUGUAGUCUUCGAUGGCAUGGUGUGGAGAAUGGAGAUUCACUUUAUGUGUUCAAGGGGACAAUAAGUCGCAAUGGAUACUGAGAUAUGAUACGGAGAUUCUACUUGUAUGUUUAUGACUAAAUAUAUAAUAAUUAAUCAAUACAUAAAAAUUUAUAAAUGAGUAUUGUUUUCCUUUCUUAAGAAAAAAAAAAAAAACAUUGUUUAUCUGUUAAUAAAUCUAUAGUUGUUAAAUUCAUAACAAGUAGAUGCAGCUCUUGGAUAUUUCGAUUAUUUUCAUGUCCUAUUCUAUAAUUCAUCUGUGUUUCAUAAUCAUAUAUUCUGUUGGUACCCUUUCUUUUUUGCAUAAGUAAUUAAUAACAGCCAGUUUACUAAGAAACAAGAAUUGUAGGGAAGAAAAAUGAAUUUGCUUUUUAUUAAUUUUUUUUUUUUUUUUUUUUAAGAUCAACAUAUCAAGUAUUCCAAAAAUAGAUUAAUUAUGGCAGAUGCACCUGUUAAGAUACUAAAUACAAUUAAAAUCUCAAUAUAUUUUGAUUUUGUCAAUUUAGCAACGGAUAAAAUAAAAAUUACCAUAUUAUUAUUUUAACUUAAAUUCCUUCAAUCAACAAAAUAAAAAAUUAGAUUAGAACGAACGUGAAAAUUGUUAGUAUUUCAUUAAGGUAGUGAGAUUAUUGAUAUGUUUUUGCGUAGAUUGACUUCUGUUUAAUUUAUUCACAUCUUCAUAUUUAUGCACUUCAUAGAAGAUAAUAAUACAAGGAAAGUGAACAUUAAUAUUUUUUGAACAUUAAUAGAUUCUCCGCCUUCUGAAUCAUAGGAUUCAGUUCCAGCUUUCAUAUUCCUAGGAAACCUAGGGGUGUCUUUACUUACAGACAACAGUUUUCUAUUUUUUAUUUUUUAUUUUUUAUUUUCUAUGAAAAUAGUUUUUAUAGAAAAUGAAAUAAAAAACUGAAAAUGGAAA